AGAUCCGAAGACGCAGGCCGUGGGCGUGCAUCAUCUGAGUGACAUGGCUCUGCUGGUGCUGACGGACCACUUCCCCUCAACAAUGCACCACAGUGGCGCUGAAGCCACCAGUGGUGUGCUCACCCAACUCAUCCCCUUGUUGGCAGAUCUUACAG